GGCGGCGGCUCGGGGACCAGGCGAGCGGAGGCCCGCGGCCGGGCGCCCAUGGCGUUCGCGCUCCUGCGCCCGGUCGGCGCGCACGUGCUGUACCCGGACGUGCGGCUGCUGAGCGAGGACGAGGAGAACCGCAGCGAGAGCGACGCGUCGGACCAGUCGUUCGGCUGCUGCGAAGGGCUGGAGGCGGCACGGCGUGGUCCGGGUCCCGGGAGCGGGCGGCGAGCGAGCAGCGGCGCGGGCCCCGUGGUGGUGGUGCGGCAGCGACAGGCGGCCAACGCGCGCGAGCGAGACCGCACGCAGAGCGUGAACACGGCUUUCACCGCCCUGCGCACGCUCAUCCCCACCGAGCCCGUGGACCGAAAGCUGUCCAAGAUCGAGACGCUGCGUCUGGCGUCCAGCUACAUCGCCCACCUGGCCAACGUGCUGCUGCUGGGCGACGCGGUCGACGACGGGCAGCCGUGUUUCCGCGCGGCGGGCGGUGGCAAGAGCGCGGUCCCCGCCGCCGACGGCCGUCAGCCGCGCUCCAUCUGCACCUUCUGUCUCAGCAACCAGCGCAAGGGGGGCAGCCGUCGUGACCUGGGGGGCAGCUGCUUGAAAGUGAGGGGUGUAGCCCCCCUCCGAGGGCCUCGGCGAUGAACCUGGAUCCCUGCAGUGUUUUCUCCAAGAAGGACUCGAGAGAAAGAGGCCAUGAGCCAGCCCCUAGCUGGACAGGGGAGAAGAUUCCAGAAGUCCAAACCACUCCUGCGUUGUGUAAGGACCAGAGGACAAUGGCCUGGGCACAGGGCUCACUCACCCUGGAGAGCCACAAGGACCCAUCUAGCCAUCCAGGCCUAGCUGGCCAGGGACAAGGCAGAAAUUUUAGAAAACCAAAGACUAUUUUUGAAAGUGUAUGUGUGUGUCUGUAUGGAUGUGGUAUGUGAGCAAAUCGGGGAGGGGGUCAAAAUAAAGGUAUUUUUAAAUAAA